UCAACUUAACAACGCUAUUGUUGUUAUUUAUUUAGUUUUAUUUUAAAAUAUUGGUAAUAUUGCAGCUUGAACUGCAAUGACCGAAUAUUAUAAUAAUUUGACACUAACUUAUUGAUAGAGGAUUAGCAUUGACAUUAGUCACCCCAACAUUCCGCACGUUUUGAGCUGGAGCUUCGUGAAGUGAUCGCUGAUCUGUCGGGCUUCUUGCAGAAUGCCGCCCAGAUGUGUGUAUUUGGAAUGUAAAACCGAGGUGUUAAAGUGCACCAAAUCUAUAUUCCGGUUCCCCAUCAAAAAACCAAAGCUUUUAGAAGAAUGGAUUAAAAAUUGUGGUAAUCCCAAAUUAGCAAAAUAUCCAGUAGCCGCCCUCCGGAACAAAUAUGUUUGCAUUGAUCACUUUGACGAGAAGUUCAUUAAAAGUACUGGAGUGCAGCGUAAGAGAUUGACCAGAGAUGCCGUGCCUAGGCCCUACGAAUGGGAUGCGUCAAAGCUGUUUACAGAUCUACCGGCAGAAUCUACAACAGAAGAAUAUCAGACCAGCAGCGGUGGAGGUCGCUACAGGAAAGUUCCCGUCAGAGCUGAAGACUUGUGCUUGUUCGAAGACUACAUGUUGGCUGAAGAAACCUCAGAACCAACCCCGGAGCGCGAGCCGCGGCUGCAGGUGCAGGUGCCCUCCCGGUUCUACACCAAACAAACCAAACCACACAAAACUGCAGAUGCGUGCGACGUGGAGCUGGUCCGGAGCCGGUGCGAGGAGUGCCGCCGGCCGGUGCGGGGUUUCGAGUGGUGGUGCCUGGUGUGUGGGCUGCGCUGCGACGCGUGCGCGCGGCGGAUGGCGCACCGCCCGCACUUCCUGCUGCGCGCGCCGCUGCACGCCACCCGGGUGAGGACACCCUCAUACCAUUCCAUCAUAGCGUUCGAGUGGUGGUGCCUGUGUGCGGGCUGCGCUGCGACGCGUGCGCGCGGCGGAUGGCGCACCGCCCGCACUUCCUGCUGCGCGCGCCGCUGCACGCCACCCGGGGAGGAUCUGUGCCUGGACGCGGGCGCGGGCGAGGAGCCGCUGGUGAAGGCGGAGCCGGGCUCGCCGCGCGCCGACCCGCUGCUGCGCGACUCCGACGAGCACGACUCCGACCGCGCCGACCCGCACCACCCCGCCGCCGCCCGGGACCGCCGCGCCGGCCACAGCGCCCGCUCCGACUGGGGACACGCGGACGCGACGCUCGACCUACCGGAUUUACACCUUCGCGCCGACUCCGACGACCACGACUCUGACCGCGCAGACCCGCACCACACCGCCCGGGACUGCCACGCCGGCGACAGGGCCCGCUCCGACUGGGGACACGCGGACGCGUCGCUCGACCUUCCGGACUUACACCUUCGCGCCGACUCCGACGACUACGACUCUGACCGCGAAGACCCGCACCACACUGGCGCCGCCCGGGACUGCCGCGCGCUGCCCCGCGCCGGCCACAGCGUCCGCUCCGACUGGGGACACGCGGACGCGUCGCUCGACCUUCCGGACUUACACCUUCGCGCCGACUCCGACGACUACGACUCUGACCGCGAAGACCCGCACCAUACCGCCGCCCGCGGCUCGCCCGCGCCCGCGCCCCGCACGACGCACGCGCCGCCUGAGCCUCACGCCGGCGACAGUUACCACUCCGACUGGGGACACGCGGACACGUCGCUCGAAGUUCCGGACUUACACCUUCGCGCCGACUCCGACGACCACGACUCCGACCCAGGCGACCUGGAAUACCUCAAACGAGACUCCGUUGUGGAAAAUCCGACGAACUCUGAUCUAGAUCCACUGAGGGAAACGGUCGACUUCCGACCGAAUAAAGAAUUAGAAAAACUAGAAAACCGGUCGCCGAAUCAAGAUAAAAAUACACACAGGCAGUACAAGCGCAAACCUAAACCCUGGCGCGAAAACCGGACCAGCUUCGAGCUCAACCCGCAGCCGCCGGCGCCGGCGCCGGCCGAGCUGGCCCGCGAGCCCAUCGACUACCACCCGUCCAGCGACUGCGCGCCGCUCGCGCUGCCGGCGCUGGCGACCUCGCCGGGGAGUGGUUCGGCCGCGCCGGCGCCGGUGCGGGCCCGGCCCCGGUCCCGGUCCCCGGAUCCGGCCCCGGCCCCGCGCUCGUCGGAGCGCGCCCUCGACCGCCACGCGGAGUGGACCCCCUCGGGACGCCUGCGCGCCCUCUGGCGCCGCGACGGGAAGGGCGCCGCCUCCGAGGCCGACAAGGACAGCGCCGCCGCCGCCGCGCCCGGCCGGCGGGCCCGCGUGCGCACGCGCGGCGGCGUGAGCCGGCACGCAGCCGCACUCACGCGUCACGCGCAACACGAACAGGAGCCCGCCGACAGCGACAAGCACGACAUCGAUCCUCACAAAACCAAAACACUACGAAUUCAACUUAAAGUGAAAAACAGCGCGGUGCCGCCGAACAAAAUCAAAGUGAUCAGCAGGAAGUUCUUAGAAGAAAACAAUAUAAAACUUAUCGUAAAACAGAAACCCACAGGGGAAAAUGAUAACCCGAAAACCGAGCGCAUCGACGCAACAAACAGAGAUGAGAGUCAUUCAUAAGAGUUACAUUUUGCUGGAUUUUUAGAAACGCGAGUUUCAUGAUCAAGGUACAGUUAGGUUAUUGACAGCGGGUAGGUGAUGCUGCGCACGCAGCUCCUAACCUUAUUGUACGGCUCAUACUUCGCACUACUUUACCGCCCUUAUCAAUCCAUCAAUUAUAUUUAUUUCAGACGGAUAAGUCCAU